UCACCAAGACGUCGGAGGUGGGAGCCCUAUACUGGACCCCGAAGACUCAGCGAAUAGACACAGCCGGUUCACUUGGAAAAGACAGAAGUCGGACACAACACAAACGUAGAAAACUAGAAAGCUAGAUGUAAUGCUUGGAAGUUUUGUGACCAGGCCAUCACAUCGGAAUCCGGCCAUUCUACAUUUUACGCGAGGAAAAGGAGAAGACAGCAGCUGUGACUUUGGAUGACCAUAAUGACAGACCGUUGUUUAACCCCUCGUUGUUGGAUGGUGACCGGAAUACAAGCUCUACAUCUGGGUUGUGUGGAAUAGCCGGGAGUGACUGAGAGACACACAGACAUAGGCUGUCACUGUGUAGCGCUGGAGGCUGCUGGGUGGCUGUGUGUGGUGGGGAGUUCCUGAGAUCGCAGAGAAGAGAGAGAGGGGGACUAGCACUUACUCACGUAGAGGCACACACUCGCGCACACACACCUUCUCAGUGUAGCGCCGGGUGCAGCCGUGGUGCCAGCUAGCGUCUCAGGGAUUGUGCGUGCGGUUGUACAGUACAUCAGGAUGAUGGUGGUGUGGUUGCCGUGGGGAUGGGCAUGGAGGACUGUACUGCUGGUGACUGGACUGGCUUCACUGAGCCCGGGGACUAAUGCCAACGUGUUGGACACCAUGUUACUGAGGAACCCUGGGAGAGCCAGGUCAGACAGUAGGUGGGAGAACAGUGGGAGUACAGCCCCGGUUCCAACACAGAGGAUCCUCUGGUGUCACUGUUACCAUCACUGUCCUGAAGACUCUACCAACAAUACCUGCAGGACUGAUGGUUAUUGUUUCACCAUGGUGGAGGAUGAAGAGGGAAGUCUCCCUGUGCUGACCUCUGGGUGUCUGGGGCUGGUGGGUUCGGAGUUUCAGUGCAGGGACACAGGGAAUGCCCGUCAGAGGAGGGCUCUAGAGUGCUGUACAGACCAGGACUACUGCAAUACAGACCUGCAUCCUACUUUACCACCACUGACGACCCCUGAUUACGUGGACAGCAGUAUCCACCACAUGGCUCUCUUCAUCUCUGUCACAGUCUGCAGCAUCAUCCUGGCGCUCAUCAUCGUCUUCUGUUACUUCAGGUAUAAGCGUCAGGAGUCCCGGCCUCACUACAGUAUUGGUCUGGAGCAGGAUGAGACUUACAUUCCCCCUGGAGAGUCUCUGAAGGACCUGAUAGAACAGUCCCAGAGCUCUGGAUCAGGAUCAGGACUCCCCCUGCUGGUGCAGCGCACCAUAGCCAAGCAGAUUCAGAUGGUGAAGCAGAUAGGUAAGGGCCGCUACGGGGAGGUGUGGAUGGGUCGCUGGAGAGGAGAGAGAGUGGCUGUCAAAGUGUUCUUCACCACCGAGGAGGCCAGCUGGUUCAGAGAGACAGUCUACCAAACUGUCCUCAUGAGACCCGAGAACAUACUGGGCUUCAUAGCAGCGGACAUCAAGGGAACAGGCUCGUGGACCCAACUCUACCUGAUACACGACUACCAUGAGAGUGGAUCUCUGUACGACUACCUCAAGUCCACCACGCUAGACAUCAAGGCCAUGCUGCGGCUGGCCUACUCCUCAGUGUCAGGCCUCUGUCACCUCCACACAGAGAUCUUUGGCACCCAGGGCAAGCCGGCCAUCGCCCACAGAGACCUGAAGAGCAAGAACAUCUUGGUAAAGAAGAACGGGGCCUGCUGCAUCGCAGACCUGGGUCUUGCCGUCAAAUUCAUCAGUGACACCAACGAGGUGGACAUCCCUCCCAACACCAGGGUGGGCACAAAGCGCUAUAUGCCCCCAGAGGUGCUGGACGAGAGUCUGAACAGGAAACACUUUCAGUCCUACAUCAUGGCCGACAUGUACAGCUUCGGCCUCAUCCUCUGGGAGAUCGCCCGGCGCUGCGUAUCUGGAGGCAUCGUAGAGGAGUACCAGCUGCCCUACCAUGACCUGGUGUCCUCUGACCCCUCCUACGAAGACAUGAGGGAGGUGGUGUGCAUCAAGAGACAGAGGCCCUCAUUCGCCAACCGCUGGAGCAGUGAUGAGUGUCUCAGACAGAUGGGGAAGCUGAUGACGGAGUGCUGGGCCCACAACCCUGCAUCUCGCCUCACUGCUCUGAGAGUGAAGAAGACCCUGGCCAAGAUGUCUGAGUCUCAGGACAUCAAACUGUGACACGCUGCUGCUCCUCCUGCCGCCACCUAGAGACACUCAUCCCCUAGAGACAUGUCCUUGGCCUAGGGCCACUCUGCCAGGCCCACGGGAGGAGGGCAAGGCAGGAGAUAGAGAGAUUGAAAGAGAGAAAGAAUGAGAGAGAGAGGGAAAGAGCGAGUGAGAGGGAAAGAGUGGGUUUUCCCAGGUUCAGGGUCUGCUCUCUUCUUGCCCGUGCCACUGCCAAGACAGAGAGAGUCCCAGUGGGCAGUUUCUGUUCUGGGCCAGUCUGGUCUGAGCCGGUCUGGUCUGGUCUGGCAUUGCUUUCUGUGAAAGCGGAGUGGCUGUGUGAGUGAGGGGAAAACACAAGGACACACAGUGCCCUCUGCAGGAGAGGAGGAGUCACUCCGUCCCUCGUGGCCAAGAGAGGGACGAGAAAGAGGAGUUCCUGCUCUGCCCAUCUAAAGCCAUAUAACAGUAUUGUUUUGUUUUCGCGGUAACAUUUUAAUUCAACGAGCCACAGUAAACCCUUCAAAACCCGUCAUAACAAUGUCAGAAUGUUCAUGAAGCUUAAUGCCAUGUUUACGACAUUGUUAUCUAGGGUUAUGAUGGCUAGUUCAAAUAAAGACUUMGUUUUUUCCCCCGUUGUGCUCUAGCAACUGGCCCUAUUUGUUUAUCUUCAAACCCAAAGUUUUGCAACGGUAAAGAAAUCUCUGCAUACUGUUGGAAGGGAUAUCGAUCACUCAGUAAUUCUUGCAGCAUCACUGCCCUAGAAACCCAGGUAUUUGGUUCUAUUCGUACAGGAAAACACAUUGCUUCAAUAUUGACUUGGGGCCAUUUGGCUAUCCAAAGGAGUCAUUCUUAAUCCCCUGAAAUGUCUCUUUAUCAAGGACUAACGAUAGGAGAAAAGGAUCAUCGUUAUGUUAUGAAGCUGAUGGUUAAUUAAAAAGCAUGGGAGUGAUGUUACUGGGCAAUUCCAUGGUAACAGAGCGAUGCUGAGAAUCUGAUUUUUUACUUUCAAAUGCAUGUCAAACAAAAACCGAUGAUUGCAAAGUUAAACAAACCAUACAACAAAAGGACACAUUUUAACAACUUCUACUUAAAAUGUAACAAAAACACAUUAACUUGAAGAACAGUGCAGAUGCUAAGUUUGGUAACAGAAUGACUGUGUGUUUCUUGUUUGACAUACAUUUUAAAGUGAAAACUCUUGAGUUACUUCACGUGGAAUUGCCCUAAUCAGGCUAGCUGAGUCAUGCCAAUAAGAUGGACUCACUCAUGGUUGUCUUGCUACUAUAAUAUUCUCAUUUUCUCCCCCUCACAGAAUUUAAUUGUAAAUAACAAUGUUGCAAUGUAUUGAUAAUGAUGGACUUAAUAAUAAUGUUAAAUAUAAUGUUAAAUAUGUUUAGGUUGUUUGCCUUUGACUUGUGUACAGAAUAACUCGCUGAGUGUCCACUAUGGCGUGUGCCUUAUUUAAUCUGUAUAUAUGUGUAUAAGAGAGUGUGUGGACCAGGGGAACAUUCCCUAAUAAAAUGCUGUCAGUCUCCA